UCCACUAUACUGAAAAUGCCUAAUUCGUUCAAACUCCUUCUGCUGAUCUUCUGUCUCAUCCUUCUCACAGAAAGCAAGAAGCAUAGGAGGAGGAGAUGGACAAAUCAGAUGGAAGUGCACAAACAAGCCAGCCACGUAUAUAAAAAGAACCACGAUCUCACUAAGCUUCGAAAAAAUAAAAAUGACCAGCUUCUUAGAGUUGAUGAACAUGAUUUUACUAUGAGGCCUGCAUUUGGAGGUCCUGCAAUCCCUGUUGGGGUUGAUGUACAAGUUGAGAGUCUGGAUAGCAUAUCUGAAGUUGAUAUGGACUUCACUAUGACUCUUUACUUGAGACACUACUGGAAAGAUGAGCGCUUGUCAUUUCCUAGCACCACCAAUAAGAGUAUGACCUUUGACAGUAGACUUGUAAAGAAGAUAUGGGUACCCGAUGUCUUUUUUGUGCAUUCUAAAAGGUCCUUCAUUCACGAUACAACAACUGAUAACAUAAUGCUUCGAGUGUAUCCUGAUGGGCAUGUUCUAUAUAGUAUGAGAAUUACAGUGACAGCGAUGUGCAACAUGGACUUCAGUCGAUUCCCCCUGGAUACACAGACUUGUACCUUGGAGCUUGAGAGCUAUGCCUAUACUGAUGAAGAUCUGAUGCUUUACUGGAAAAAAGGAAACGAAUCCUUAAAAACAGAUGAGAAGAUUUCAUUAUCUCAAUUCUUGAUACAGAAAUUCCAUACUACAUCUAGACUUGCCUUUUACAGUAGCACAGGAUGGUAUAAUCGCCUCUACAUUAACUUCACGUUGAGACGUCACAUCUUCUUCUUUCUCCUGCAAACAUAUUUCCCUGCGACUCUAAUGGUCAUGCUGUCCUGGGUCUCUUUCUGGAUAGACCGUAGAGCAGUCCCUGCCAGAGUCUCUUUGGGUAUAACCACAGUGCUGACUAUGUCAACCAUCAUCACCGGAGUAAACGCCUCCAUGCCACGAGUGUCGUACAUCAAAGCUGUGGACAUUUACCUAUGGGUCAGUUUUGUGUUUGUCUUUCUAUCGGUGCUGGAAUAUGCAGCUGUGAAUUACCUGACCACGGUGCAAGAGAGGAAGGAAAGGAAGCUACGGGAAAAGUUUCCCUGCACAUGUGGAAUGUCUCACACAAAGACAAUGAUGCUGGAUGGAAUUUAUGGUGACCCGGACGCUAAUAGUUUGGCUGGAUACACCAAAAGCCAAAUUGUAACAGAAGAUGUGGAGAAACCGGACAAGAUGGUGGUGCAUUUGGCCUUAAGUCCAAAUUCUAGUGCCUCCAAGAAGAAAGCACGAAAGGGCCAUGUUGGCUUACGUUUAAUGCAAAAUACUCAUGCAAUUGACACGUAUUCUAGGAUGAUAUUCCCGGGUUCAUUUAUAUUUUUUAAUUUGAUAUACUGGUCUGUGUUUUGCUAGAGUUCGUUAUAGAGAGCUCUAUUUAUCUUUUUAUUCACCAUGUGAAUAAUGGAAACGUGAGUUUGGGAUAUAGACUAAUUGCCUUUGCCGCUGUAUAAGUAACAAAUGUCUCCACAAAAUGCAAUGAAACCAGCACAUAGAACAAUUUACUAAGUGGCACUUUACACAGCCCAUAGAGUUUAAACUGCAUUGCAAGAAGAGACGCAUAGUUACAUUACACCUUAUACCAGCAACAAUUGCUCUCAUUUAGAAAAGCCUUUGUACUACGCAGUAGUCUUUUAAGAUAUCUGAAUAAUAAUUUCAUUAUACUUAUAACUUUUUCACAACAUUCACUGCCCUGGUUGACUUAGGGGCAGAUGUACUAAGCCGUGGAGAGAGAUAAAGUAUGAGCCAAUCAGCUCCUAACUUCCAUGUUACAGGGGGUUGGGUAUGGGAUACUGGCGGUCAGAAUAACGACUCCGGCAUCCAGGGCCGGUUCAAGGGCGCUCUGCGCCCCGGGCAGGAAAAGGGGCGUGGCCUAAUACAGGGGGCAUGGUCAG